AUGCCUUUACUCACAUUACAAGAUGACUUAACUCGUUUUGUUCAAGCAUACCCCAUUCAAGUUAAACAAGCAACUACAGUAGCCAAAUCCCUUUUUAUUUUCUGCCAACAUUACGGUGUACCCAAACGUUUCCAUUCGGAUCAAGGUACAGACUUUCUAAAUAGCAUGAUCAAACAAUUGAUGAAAUUACUAGGAUCCAACCACACAGUUAGCACCGCAUAUCAUCCUCAAACUAACGGUUCAUUAGAACGAUUCCACGCAACAUUACGCAAUCACAUCCGAAUGUACCACAAACGUAAUCAAUCUAAUUGGUAUCAAAUCGUGCCAUUUGCCGUUAUGUGCCAUAACACAUCAAUUAAUCAGUUCACAAAAUUUACACCUCAUGAAUUACUCUUUGAAAAUGAAGACGAAGCUGCUGACUACACUCAAAAAUCGAGCAAAACCGCUCAAUCUUUGUUCUAA